AUGGAUGGCGUAAAAUGUUGCGAAUUGAUUCGUGAGACACGCUUAGAUCACGAGUCACCUCCCUCAAAGUUAAAUACAUACAAAGAAAUUCGUCAGUAUACAGACUUAGCCGCCAACAUAAGCUGCCCGCCUUAUUUCGACUCAAUUCUUUGUUGGGCAGCUACACCAGCUGACACAACGGCCAGGCAGCCAUGUUUUUCAGAAUUCAAAGGCAUACAUUAUUACACAACAGAAAAUGUAACACGUGAUUGCCUUGCAAACGGCGAAUGGAAUACAAGCGAUUAUUCAAACUGCGAAGCAUCAACCAGUUUGCCACCACAACUGGCAGAUAUUUCACCCACAAUUGAAUUAUCCUCCUACAUAUAUUUCUUUGGAUACUUCCUCAGUUUAACAUCGCUCAUUUUAGCGCUUAUCGUUUUUUAUUUUUUUAAAGACUUGAAAUGCCUGCGCAACACCAUACACGCGAAUUUAUUUCUUACAUACAUACUCGCAGCGCUGUUAUGGAUAUUGACUAUGUGCCUGCAUGUGAUGACCGAGCAUCCUAGUGAGGCCGGCUGCAUCACUUUAGUUAUGAUGUUCCACUAUUUCAAUCUAACAAACUUUUUCUGGAUGUUUGUGGAAGGUCUCUACCUCUACACUCUGGUGGUGCAAACAUUUUCUAGGGAUAAUAUUAGAUUUGUCAUAUAUGCCUCAAUUGGCUGGGGUUGCCCCGCUGUCAUUACAUUUAUUUGGUCUAUUGCAAAAAUCUUCGCCACUUCAUUGGAAACUGAGCAUUUUAAUGCUUUAUUUAUCCAAUGUUCUUGGUUAAGGGAAUCUCACAUUGAUUGGAUAUUCCAAGGACCUACCUGCCUAGUAUUAAUACUCAAUUUAAUAUUUCUCAUACGCAUUAUGUGGGUGCUCAUCACCAAAUUGCGCUCAGCCAACACCCUGGAGACGCGUCAAUAUCGAAAGGCAUCGAAAGCUUUGCUUGUGCUCAUACCGUUAUUCGGUGUCACGUAUCUGAUUGUUCUAUUUUGUCCUGGAGGUGACGGCAUUACGCAAAAUGUAUUUGAAAAUCUGCGCGUCUUUCUUAUAAGUACACAGGGCUUUUUUGUGUCCUUACUAUUUUGCUUCCUCAAUUCAGAAGUGCGCCAAACCUUGCGACAUCGAUUUUUGAGAUGGCGGGAAAAUCGGAACUUGGGAAGCGGCAAUCGCAUACGCAGAUAUCGAUUGUCCAAAGAUGACUCGCACCGCUCAAGAACUGAAAGCUUACGACUGACGUCAACUAGUCCCGUACCAAAUGGAGGUAGUCAUACAUAGUCGCCAUGAAGCAAGAAAUAAACAGUCAGACUAUUCCUGCUCUAGAGAUGAUCAGUUUUAAAAAGUCAAGAAGUUCAAUAAAGGUGGAAAGCUUGAUAUUCGAAACUAUCACCCGCAAUGUGAUUACCGUUAAUUGUUAUUGUUUUAAUAAGUUCAUGUAUGUAUGUAACAUUCGAUACUGAGAUUUUCUUUUUUAAUUCCUAGCUUUAUUUAUUGUUAAGUGCAUUUUGUUAAUCACUAUGCUUUUGUUAAUAUGCUUGUGUGUAUAUGAAUAAGUUUUUGAUGUAAAUACAUCUCGUAUCUCAUAUUAAGUUUAUAUUAAAGUUUCUUCAUUACCCCAACGGCACCAAUUGUAAG